CCUCUGUCCUGCUUGUCUUAUGGAAGUUGUCAAUUGCUUUGUAUUUUGUCCCAGUUUUCCUGCUUUCAGUGCUUCCUGGAUAAUGGCGAAGAUGGUGAGAAGAACAUGUGCAUUUUGUGCAGAAGGGGAGGCUGGCUCUGUGAUGUAUAUUGCCACAGAUAAAGAUAUUGCAGCUCAUCAGGAUUGUCUGUUAUUUUCCUCAGGAUUUGUGGAAUCUGAAGAUCAAAACCCAGAAAAUCUGGGAAUAAGAUUUGAUGUGAAAUCAGUGGUAAAAGAGCUCAGCAGAGGAAAGCGGCUGAUGUGCAACUUCUGCCAGAAGAAGGGGGCCACGGUGGGCUGCGAGGAGCGCGCGUGCCGCAGGAGCUACCACUACUUCUGCGCGCUCUGCGACGACGCCGCCGUGGAGACCGACCAGGUCAACGGCAUCUACCGAGUGUUCUGCCCAAAACAUGACCCAGGGAAUAGGACCAAUCACUAUGGUGCAGCUAAUAAGAAAAGAAGACGUUCAUUGACAUGUCCCACCGUCACAGAAGAUAUGAGUACAGAAGACACAGCAGAAGAAAACCAUUUACGAAUACUAAAAAGAAAAAACAACAGGCAUAAAGUUCGAAUAGAAUUUGUUAGGAAGUGCAAACAAGCUGGGCUUCUGGAUGACAUAUUUGAAGAAAUGCUGGACACACUUCACCUGGCUCAGGAAAAACUGAUGAAUGACAACACUUCAGAAACAGAGUAUGAGGAGACAGUAAUGGCACUGUUUGACUGUGGACUGUUUGAAAAUAUACUGACAAAUGUUUAUUCAGGAACAGAAGAAAAAAUCCAGAAACUUCUUGAAAACAGAAAAAGACUGGAUCACAAGAUUGAGCUACUGCAGGACUUAAAAAAAGUCAUCCUUCCUACUCCAGAGAACAUCGCCAGUACAUCCAGUACAGUGUCUGAAUAACCUUUGUCUGUGAUGGUGCAAUAGUUAGGAUUUUCUAAUGAUAAAACACAUAGAGCAAUUGGGUCAGUGCCCAAUUCCCCAGCCCCAAGAUGGGGGCUGAAUGGGUGCAAGAAUAAGGCGUUAUACUAAUUUUUAUACCUCACUGUUACAGUAAUUUAAAGUUCUUCAAGUUUUCAAAUCUUCAUCUUGAAAUUUUUCCCUGGUUCCACUAAGAAUUUCUAUUUAUACUCCACAAUGGAAUAUAAAUGAGUGUUAUAAACUAAAUUUAGCUUUUGCAAGAGAACCAAACAGAAUACUCCAGUGAUGACUUUUUUCUCAAAGCCAAGGGAGUGUUCAGGUGCCACAGAACACUUGCUAAAGUCACUUUAACUAUGGGAACCCUCUCCUGGCUGGGCAGUAGUUACCUCGCUGUCUGUGUCUAGACAGUUAUGUUUGAAAGAUCAUAGUGCUGCUUUGGCUUUCCCAAAAAAGACAAAUGAGCAGAACUUGCACUCAAAGAAGCUUUCUGGAUUAUAAACAGGAGCUUAAUUAAAAAGCCAAAUUAUUCUUUAUUGACUGGUCAGGCUGUUCCUGCUGUAAUGUCAGUGGUAAAGCAGUGUUUGUAGGCAGCCUAGAAAGGGCUGGGCAUUAUACUCUGACCAUGUACAAUGUCAGAUGGAGCACAGCAGUGACUGCAUCUUCCUUUCUCCAUCAAGAAAGGGUUCAACUUUCACAUGUUUUGUCUUUAAAAUAUUGUUUGAAUACAGCAAAGCAUUGUUUAGCCACGACAGGCUAAGUUAAUAAAAUAAAACAUUUUUUAAAGGA